AUGCCUCGCAAUCACGCUAGUUGGCGCAGGUACCCACAUCGCGGCGCGAACUUGCACGUGUCGCACAUCGACUUGUACGCGGGGCCCAUUGGCGGCCGUUUGGCCAGCCACAGGUCCAUUCCCGUGGUGAUGGAGUGGUUGGCAAACUCUCUGCUGUACGGCCGGUCAAAGCUCGCAAAGAUGUCUGUUUCGAACGAGUAUUCAACGCUCGUGCUGGUGAUUCUGAAAUGGUUCAGAGUUUCGAGCAAUUGCGCUGUUCGUGCAGCCAACAGUUCGAACGUUGGCGGUGUUUUCCAUGCUUCCAAGGCCAGCUGUUUUGGGACGGUGUUCUGGAUGAGUCUGACACGGCUGUCUGACGGUUCGAGACUGUAUAUUGGAGCCAGGAGGUUCAGGAGGUACGGGGCUGAUUGCUGGGCGGUUGGCGCGCUUGUAUCGUACGGCGCGAACCCAAUAGGGUUGCCGUUCUGGAGCCGUUCUGCAUCGGCUAUUAAAUAG